AUGAUCAUCAACGGCGAAUUCAACUACAAGGAGCACGGGUACCCCGAGAACUUCAAGGUCAAGGGCAUCGAGCAGCUCGAGUACACGUUCCCCACCUACACCAUCGGCGAAGCGGCGACGGCCACCAUCGUCACCGCCUCGGACGCCGAGUGGUGCUUCGACUACCACUCGGUGCCCGAGCUGUGCGGCCUGUGCAACAUUCCGCUGGCCGGAUAUGAGGACUUCGUGGAGGCUUCGGAGCGGAUCGCGCUCAACGGCGUGAACAACUUCGUGGCGUAUGGCCAUGAGCUGUUCGCGCGGCCGGAGCAGUACCUGUUGCCGCUGGUGCGCCGCGCGGUGGGCGAUCUGAACGCGCCGGACAUCUACUUCCAUCCCGCACGCCGCGUCAGCGCGUCGCUACCGCGCGCCAGGCAGGGCAUGCGAUCAGUGCCGUGCAAAGUGUCGUUCUAG